GCGGUCUAACUUAUUAGAGCUGCGAGCAGGGCAAUCUUCGGGUCGGACUUCUAGCAGCAGCCGUGCUCUUGACUAAUAUCCAUUCCACGUUACACUACGAUAGGGAAAACGAAUCAUCCUCGCGGCACAUCCUCACGAUACAUCUUAGUCCAAGACCUUGCGUAGAAGCACUGAUAAAAGAAGAUGGUUUCCGCUUCUGUUGAAACGCGGCUGUUCAUCAAUGGUGAAUUCCGCCCAUCAUCUAACAAUGAGACCUUUGAUCUAUUUUCCGCAAGAUCCGGCUCAUUAUUCGCCCAGGUGCACGAAGCGUCCAAGGAGGAUGUAGACGACGCUGUAGCGGCAGCCAAAGCCGCCUUCCCAGCAUGGGCGCAGCUCUCCCCGCGCGCAAGAGCGAGACUGGAGGCUGAGUCUAUGGGCAGGCCUGUGUCAACCUACUUUGAUGCGACUAUGGGCUCUGACUAUUUCCGCUACUUCUCUGAGGCAGCUUACCCUCAAGGAAGUUCGAGUUUAAAUACUCCGGGAUUCGUAAACGUUACUGUGAAGCAGCCGGUAGGUGUCGUUGCGGCGAUUAUUCCUUGGAAUGCACCUCUUGUCUUCUUUUGUAAGAAGUUGGCGCCAGCAUUGGCGGCAGGCAAUACAGUCGUUCUCAAAAGCAGCGAGAAAGCGCCUUUAACAUCUUUAUAUGUCGCCAAUCUCGCGAAAGAAGCCGGCUUCCCCCCGGGUGUCCUCAACGUCCUCUCCGGCCAUGGCCCCAUCUCAGGAGCAGCGCUUGCAUCGCAUAUGGACGUCCGAGCCCUGACAUUUACCGGCUCUGUGCGCACGGGGAAAUUACUCCGCAAGAUGGCCGCCGAUUCAAACAUGAAGAAUUUAAUCCUCGAACUAGGCGGCAAGUCACCCGCAAUCGUUUUCGACGACUGCAACAUCGAUGCUGCAGUUCAACAUACCCAAUUCAGCAUCCAGCUCCUUAGCGGGCAGAAUUGCAUGGCAAAUUCGCGCAUUUACGUACAGAGCAGCAUCAUGGAGUCGUUUGUCGAGAAGUUCAAGGCGGCCUUUACGUCUGCUCGGUUAGGCGACCCGGCUGAUCCCAAUGUUAAUCAUGGGCCGCAGGCAGAUAAGAUUCAGCAUGCUACUGUGCUGCAGUAUAUUAAUCUUGGAAAGGAGACAGGGAAGUUGGUGACUGAAGAGCAGUCUGCUCCGGGAUUGUUUAUCAAUCCUACAAUCUUCAGAGACGUCCCUGAGGAUGCGAAGAUCAUGAAGGAGGAGAUUUUCGGGCCCGUGGUUGUUAUCAACUCAUUCGAUACGGAAGAGGAAGCUAUUAAGAAGGCGAACGAUAGCGAAUACGGUCUGUAUGCGUCAGUGUUUACAAAGGAUCUUGACCGGGCGAUGAGAGUUGCCACGAGGCUCGAAUCAGGCACUGUGGGAGUAAACUGCUCGGGUCCAACAAAAGGGGAUGAUAUGGCUUUUGGUGGACAGAAGGGGAGCGGAUUACAGAGAGAGAGCUAUUUACAUAGCAUGGAAACGUUUAUGGAGACCAAGUCAGUUAUGAUCAAGGUGGACGGGCUGUGAUUGGGAGAAAUUAUAUACGCGGUAUCUCCGCGAAUUAGACAACCAAUAAGGAGGACCGAUAUAUUCAACAACUUUAACCAUGUCUUGUACAGUAUCAGGCACCGCGAAACAUUAAUAGUAACCUCGCAAUCGCACAGAGCAAUAUGGAUUGCAGA